UAAAUAAAUCUAUUGCGUGGUUGAUAAAUCAGAUUGGCCACGACUAGGCGCCGUGCAACAAAUGUGCUCAAGAUACCAUAUGCGCGCACGUAUAUACAACCCUAGUGCUCAUCGCAAAGUGCUUUCAUUUUCACUUGUAAAAACCAGUUAGAUUAUCUGUGUCAUAUCAGCUCCUUUAAAACUUUGCAAACACCACAAAAGCACACAAUGCUAAAGAAGAACAUACAUACAUUUGUCUGCAUGUAACUGCGUACAACAAUUGGACACCUCACUACUUUUCGAGUGGUGCAUCUAAGCCACUCAAGCUUGCGGGUGCGAAUUGUCUGCGCUUCUGUUUUAUUGGCCUCAUUUUGAUUUGCAGUACCAACACAAUGGUUUAAUGCAUGCAUCAUUCCACAGCCACUGAGGGGACAGAAAGUGAAUACGGCGCGUAUGGACGACGCAGCCUUACCCUCCGAUGUUAUCUUACCGCGACCACGCCUUGAUGGACGCAUUGUUGGUGGCUACAAAGUAAAUAUUACCGAUGCGCCACAUCAGAUUUCACUACAGACAAGCGGUGGACACAUAUGUGGAGGUUCGAUUAUAGCGCCUCGCUGGGUACUAACGGCCGCUCAUUGUACUGCCGGAAAAACUGCCGACAAACUAAAGGUACGCAUCGGUUCUUCGGAAGCUUCUAGCGGCGGACAAUUGCUGCGCGUCAACGAAAUUGUACAGCAUGAAAAGUUCAAUUACUCCAAUGUGGAUUACGAUUUCUCUUUGCUGCGUCUCGAUAAGGAGAUCCAAUUCUCGGAGAAUAAAAAGUCAGUCAAGUUGCCGGGAGCGAGUGACGAAUUCAUGGAUGGCGAUAUUUGCUAUGUGACCGGCUGGGGUAAUACGCAGAAUGAGAGCGAAUCACGGCAAUGGUUGCGUCAGGCUGAGGUGCCGAUCUUCAAUCAGGAUCUCUGUUCCGAGAAGUACAAACAAUUUGGUGGCGUUACAGAGCGUAUGAUUUGCGCUGGAUACCUCGAAGGUGGCAAAGACGCUUGCCAAGGCGACUCGGGUGGUCCGCUGACCAACAAAGAUGGUGUGCUGGUGGGUGUGGUGUCGUGGGGUUAUGGUUGUGCCAGACCGGAAUACCCCGGUGUGUACUCGCGUGUGCAGUAUGCGCGCGAGUGGAUGCGGCAGCAUAGUGGGGUUUAGCGUACGUUUAUGAAAUUGUAAAUUGUUGUACAAA